AUGACUAGCGCGCCAACGAAAACGUUCAUUGUAGAUCUUAUUAAAAAAGGGGAUAGAUCAGUCAGUAGUAUAGUUUCCGAUGCAAUCAUUCCAUCUUCGCUGUCAAUUGAAGAGAUUUCAAAUUUGUUAUUUACUAUCCCAGAGAUAAGAGAACAAUUAGGCGAUCCAUUAGCGAAGGUUCGUGCUUACUUGCUUUGUAUCCUUCUGAUCUUCGAAAUUUCCGAAACAAACGGUAUAACAGAAGACCUUAAUGAACAAGACUUUUCCCAAGUACUUUUAUACUCACGACUCUCGCUACCAAUAUGCGCUUCCAUCAGUGACGUUAAAGUUACAGAGUUCUUUGAUGAAAUUAAGAAUUUUCUUGAAAAUAAGUAUGAACCAACAUUUAUCAAACUCCAAAAGGCUCUUGGGCUUAUAGAUAGUCCAGAAAAUAUUGUAACCGAACAGAAAGAACCCACCAAAAGAAAACAUUACGCUGAUCCAUUAAAAACAGAUCCUAAAAAGACUGAAAAGCAAGAUUCUUCUAAAUUCGACUACGGAGCAUUCAAACACGCUGUUUCUUACAGACCAGGAGCUUCUUUGAAUAAUAUGGUAAAGAUACGUGUUAAAAAGAACCAUGGAAGCUCCGAUAAUAAGGUACGUGCAAAAUUGUAA